AUGAGCAGGCUCGGGAUAAGAUGUGAAGACAUAGAUACAUCCCUUCGGAGUGAUUCACCUCUUGCAGAUCUCAUCAUCUCUCACGAGUUCCCUGCUAAAUUCAAGUAUCCUCCAAAUUUGGAAUCUUAUGAUGGGACCGACAAACCUGGAUCAUGUAUUGUGCAAACUGUUUCCCACUACCCUGAAAGGCCUGGCACAGGAAUGGUACCAAAGCUUGAAGCCGGGCUCGAUUCAAACAUUCAAGCAAUUCUCAGGUUUAUUUCAGGCCAGAUUCAUAGCAUGCAUCCCUCAAAAGAAGCUGUCCACAGACCUGCUAGCCAUCAUGCAAAGAGACGGGGAAACACUCAGGAAUAUAUAGAAAGGUUCAACAAAGAGGCAAUGCAGAUAGAAGAACUGAGUCAGGAGAUCGCCUAUACAGCACUGCUCAACGGGACCACUAAUUCAGACCUGAGAAAAGAAUUGCUGGCUAAAUCACCAAAAUCGUUCACUACGUUGAUGACCAUCGCACAUACACAAAUCCGGGUGGAUGACGGACUGAGAGAGAUAGAAAACCGGCAUGGACGGACGGAAGAAAGAACAUUCUCAGAAAGAAGGAAUGGGGAUAGAUCGCCCAUAGGAAAAAGGUUCGGGGAAAAAGGCAACGACCGUUUCAGAAAUAAGAGAAAAACGGAUGAGGACAGGCGAUACACCCCCCUAAACACUACCAGAACCAAUGUAUUAUUUUGGGUGAAAGACAACCGGGAGAAGGUCAGGUGGCCAAGAAAAAUGAAUGCCUCAUCAGCCAGCAAGAGGGACAACAGCAAAUACUGUGAGUUCCACAGAGAUAACGGCCACACCACAGAUGAAUGCUGGCACCUGAAGGAAGAAAUAGAGAAAUUAAUAGAAAGAGGCUCCCUUUCCCAGUUCGUGAAAAGGGACGCCGAAACCAGGGAAAUGGAAGCAGAAAGAAAGAAAAGAAGAGACCACCAGAAGACCUAG